UGUUAAACGUUAGAAUUAAAAUGCUCGUAGAUGCAAUAACAACUUUCGGUAUUACCAACUGUCAUUUAGUGUAUCUUCAAUUUUAUAUUACGUUAUAUUAAACGAAUGAACAAUUAUUCGUUGUGUGAUUUCAUUCUACAUAACCAAAAACAUUCUAAUGGAUUUUGUUAAAUAAGUAAUAUGAAUGACAAAGUGUAUUUAAACUUUUGAGACUGCAUUUACUUGUCGCUCACAUGUGUCGGUUGUGUGCUGAAAAUAUUUUCAUCUAUUUAUUGUGAAUAUUUAUUAACUUAUUAAUGAAAAUGAAUAUUUCAACGAACGAGGGCAAUCCGAAUACUUUAAAGUUAGUAAUUGCAGCUAAAGUAGCACAACAUGCUGUUACCGUAAAAACGGUACAGCCAAAAGGUUGCUUUCAUCAUUUUAAAAUUCAUUGACCUUUUACAAAUUCUUUAAACAAUCUAGAAUUUUUAAUUAGCAGAGUUUAAUAUAUAUGUAUUUAUCAUAUCAUUUAUGUUUCCAUAUCAUUAUCUUGCUAUCCUUGAAAUUAGAGUGAUAAAAUAUUUUGAUUUCCAUUUGGAAUAACAUCUUACUAUUAAAUUGGCUUUUUGAGCCGUUUACCUUCUAUUGAACUUUCAUCUGGGUUAGUACUAUUUAGUACUAAUGCAGCAAUGCAGCUCAUAGUACCUUCUUCAUCUCAAGAGUCAAAACUCCUUAAUAAUAAAUGGUUGGAAUGGGAAAUAUCUCGGUUACAGCCAGCUAUAGCAUUUUAUGGUAAUACAGGAAUUUACAAAACCACACAAAAGUCAUGUUUAUGGUCCUUAUUAAGAGAACUUAAUAAUGCGUUAGAAGACAAACAGUACUUAAUUAAGGAUAAUAAUGACUUAUCAUUGGCAGAUAUAUGUAUUUGGGUAACUCUAUGGUCUACAGUAAUGGUCACAGAAAUUGGAAAUGAAUUAAAUAAAGAAUAUUUAUCAAUUAAAAAUUGGAUAUCCAGUAUUGAAUUGCUGCCAGUUAUACAGGAUUCCAUUGAAGAAUACAAAUUUGAAAGGGGCUCAAAAGCAAUUUUCAGUAUUCAAGCUGUAUCUUGGUUUCCUGUUAAUACUAGUUCAAAUCCUAAACCUUCUAAACCAGCUGAUUUGCAGCUUAGUCCAACUAAAGAAAAAGAAAUGGAAGCAGUUAAUCAGGAAGAAAUACAAAAUAUUUCAAGCAAUUGGUCUUCUAAAUCAUAUCUUGAUGUAAAAAACUUUCCUUAUCCUGUAUUGCCAAAAAAAGGAGAAAAAAAUAUUUUAAUAACAUCAGCAUUACCUUAUGUCAACAAUGUUCCUCAUUUAGGAAAUAUUAUUGGUUGUGUUCUUUCUGCUGAUAUUUUUGCCCGAUAUUGCAGACAAAGAAACUAUAAUACCCUUUUUAUUAGUGGUACUGACGAAUAUGGUACUGCUACAGAAGCUAAAGCUUUGGAAGAGAAAACGACACCCCAAAAUAUUUGUGAUAAAUUUUUUGACAUACAUAAUGAUGUUUAUCGAUGGUUUAAUAUUGGGUUUGACUAUUUUGGUCGUACUACUACACCAGAACAAACAGAAAUUGUACAAUCAUUUUUCUUAAAAAUUAAAUCAGAAGGAUAUGUAUUAAGUGAAAUUGUAGAUCAGCUUCUGUGCGAGUCCUGUGAUAGGUUCUUGGCCGAUAGAUUUGUAGAAGGAACUUGUCCAAGGUGUAAAUAUGAAGAUGCACGUGGCGAUCAGUGUGAUGGAUGCGGUCAUUUGGUGAAUGCAACGGAUCUUAUAUCUCCGCGAUGUAAAGUAUGUAGUAAUAGACCUAUUGUUAAAAAGUCGCAACAAUUCUUCUUAGAUUUACCGAAGUUAGAAAACAAGUUAAAAGAGUGGUCCUCAACAGUAGAAAAGGGAUGGUCAAGCGUUGCAAAAGUGGUUGCAAAACCGUGGCUACGUGAUGGACUUAAACCACGAUGUAUAACAAGAGAUUUAAAAUGGGGAAUACCUGUUCCAAUAAAAGGUUUUGAAAAUAAAGUAUUUUACGUUUGGUUCGACGCUCCUUUUGGUUAUAUCAGUAUUACAAAAAGAUAUACGAAGGAAUACCAACAAUGGUGGAAGCCUACAGAUGUACAAGUUGAUCUAUACCAAUUUAUGGCAAAGGACAAUGUUCCAUUUCACGCAAUUAUGUUCCCUGCUUAUUUAUUAGCAGCUAAUGAAGGUUAUACAUUGAUGAAGCAUUUAAUGGCAACAGAAUACCUCAAUUAUGAAGAUACAAAGUUUUCUAAAUCGAGAGGUAUCGGAGUAUUUGGAACUGAUGCUAGGGAUACAGGUAUACCGGCUGAUGUUUGGCGAUUUUAUCUUGCAUAUGUUAGACCCGAAACACAAGAUUCGAAUUUUAAUUGGGUGGAUUUAGCGACUAAAAAUAAUAGUGAAUUAUUAAACAAUUUUGGAAAUUUUGUUAAUAGGGCUCUAGUAUUUGCGGAAAAAUACUUUGAUUCUAAGAUACCGCCGAUAGAACUUCAGGAAGAUGACUUAAUAUUACUGGCAUUAGCUCAGCGUGAAUUAUCAUCUUAUAUACAUGCUUUGGAACAAGCUAAAUUACGUGAUGGUUUGAAAAACGUUUUAGCAAUUUCAAAACAUGGAAAUCAAUACAUGCAAUUCCAAGAGCCAUGGGUGAAAAUUAAAGGAACAGAUAAUGAUAAAAAAAGAGCUGGAACGAUCAUCGGUAUUUGCUGUAACUUGGCAUGUCUUUUAUCAGCCCUUUUGGCUCCAUUCAUGCCAUGCACCGCCCGCGAAUUAAGAUCCCAGUUAGGAUUGCAAACCAAUAACUAUGGCUAUAUACCUGACGUUAUCACAAGCAUACUUCCCACGGGACAUAAAAUUGGUAAACCAUCUCCGCUAUUUAAAAAAAUAGAGGAUAAAGAUGUAGAAAUAUUAAGAAGAAAGUAUGCUGGUAAGCAAGAAACUACAAGUAGCAGUAGCGGAGAUGUAAAAUCAUUGGAUAGUGCAAUUACAGAAAUGGACAAUAAAGUUAAAAAACUAAAGGCCAAGUUCGAUAAAAGUGGAUGGCCAUCCAGUCAAAUUCAAAUUUUCUCAGCUUUGAAAAAAAAGCUGCCUGAUCUCAUAAAUGAAAAAAAUAAAUCCCCUGAAUCGAAAAGUAAAAAACCUGAAACGGUUUCGGUACCUGAACAAAAUGGAGAUGUUGCAAUGGACGUAGCAAGUUUGGAAGCGGCCAUCGCUAAACAGGGCGAUCUUGUACGUCAAUUGAAAGCUAAAGAAGAAAGAUCUGUAUGGCAACCAGAAGUAGAAAAAUUAUUGAAACUCAAAAAACAAUUAGGAGAUCUCACUGGAACAGCUGCAGCUCCGACUGACAAAAAAUUGAAGAAAAAGAAAUAAGCAAAUUGCUAAUCAACAUGUAUACAUUUCACAUCAGUAAAAUCUAUGGUGGUUUCAUAUAAUAAAAAGUCAUUAUACAUUUCUUAUUGCAACGUACGCACUUCGGAAUAAUACCAUAUAGUAUUUUCACAUUUAAGUAAUGUAAUCCAUAUAGUUUAUUUAAUAAAAUUAAUUUGUACAUCGGGUAAAAAGUUAUAAAAUUGUAACUCACAUAACUUCUUCUACCAAAGAUUUUUUUACUUGUUCCUGUUUUGUGCUUAAUUUGCGGAAAACUACAUUUUCGAUGAAACAAAUAACAGCUGAUAAAAUGAUGCCAAAACAUAAAACAAGUAUAACUGGUAUCGCUUCAUGAAUAGUUACACUAGAUACAUGAUAUUUAUCUUUGUUGCAAUAAGGUUUUCUGUAACUCCAACGUGACACUUCUCGCUUCCGAAUCCCCGAAGUGGAUAUCUUAAGAAUACUACAACAAUUAUAUAAUUACUAAACCGUUUAGAAAAAUAUAUACUACAUGUAACUUU